ACAUAGACGAACAGACAUUCCUAAAUUGGAAGAAAAAGGGAUUAGGGCUAAAAUCAGUUCAGGGAGCUUACUGCGAUGGACGAGAAGCAGAGGCGAUGUGAAUUGUCUUGUCGUGGGAGGAAACGAGAAUUGGUAGAGGAAGAGGAGGGUUUGGAUGAAGAAGAAGUUGAUGAUUCAUAUGAUUCCAAGGAAAGUCACUACGCCUACGACUCCGAUGAUUCUGAUUUUGAGCUUAUUGACGGUACCAAGUUGGACCCCAAGGUCUGGGAUCAGUAUUACAGAGAAUUGGAUGAGAGCGAGGGUUUCGAUAUCUCUGUUUAUCCCGGUGCUUCGUUUAACUCCUCAAUUGUGCCACUAAAGAGUUACCUGACCGAUCCCAAGAAAAAACAGAAACACACUAAUCUGUGCAGCUUGGCAAUUGAAGAUUUCAAUUCACAGAGCGCUAAAAAGUAUGAGUUCAUGGAAAUUGUGACGGUAAACGCAUCAUUUGCUGGUGGGAUGUGGUUUUAUUUCACCUUUCAAGCCAGGGAUACUGAUGAUACAACAAAGAUCUUUCAAGCAUUGGUGUGGGACGAAAUUGGUGGAACCCCAAGUGUGGAAUUUUGCAGGCUUAAGAAAGGUGAUGGGGUACCUUCUCACUCCAGCGUUGAUGCGGAAGCUGCACAAUGAACCUUACAGCUAAUUUUUGAGCUAUUGGGCUCGUUUCGAUCUUCUGUAUUCAUAGCUACUAUUAGGAAUGUUAACAUAUGUUCUACUGUUUCUAGCAAGAACUGGAUAGAGAAUCUUGUGGUGUUAUGCUUCCAGUUUAUUAGAAGUUUGGUAUACUAACAUAUGUUUUACUUUACUAAGAAAUUCAGAGAGAAUGUUGUGGUGUUCCUUCUAGGUUAUGUUCUGAAAUGACACUCAACUAGAGUUGUUGACCAAACCUUUUGAAGCUGGUGGUUGUUUCACUUUUGGCUGAUAUUGUGAUGGUCCUGUACUGAGGCAACACUUAUGUGAUGAAAAGAAAAUGCCUAACUGAGGAUGAUAAUGAUGACGGAGAAGCAAGAAAAAUCCUUAAGAGCAUUGGAGAAUCAGACAUUUCAGUUGAAAGACGAUGACUUACUGCUUCUUUUAAGAUAUGAAUACUGAACACCUGGAUACAGUUAUUUCAAUGAAAGGGAGUCCGCAAAAAUGUUUUGUCUUUGUUCGUGUCAAUGUAAAGGGAGAGGCAAACACAUACUUGUCUUUGUUCGUAUUGUUGAACUAAAUCUUUACUUUUUUGUCAAUCGAAAUGAUUUUCUUGUAAGAUUUGAGUAGGGAACAUCGAGAUGCAGUUGUUUCAAAAUAAAGGGAGAGGCUAAUGUGUC